AUGGGACAGACUCUUACCACCCCUCUGAGUCUUACUUUAGGUCACUGGAGAGAUGUCCAAACCCAAGCUAAUAACCUGUCGGUGGAAGUCAAAAGAAGAAAAUGGCAGACUCUCUGUACUUCAGAAUGGCCCACCCUUAAUGUUGGGUGGCCCAAAGACGGGACCUUUAACAUCGGUGUUAUUUUGCAGGUCAAAGAGCGAGUCUUCGACCAGGGACCCCAAGGCCAUCCAGACCAAGUACCUUACAUCGUAGUCUGGGAAAGCUUGGUUGAUAACCCUCCUCCUUGGGUCUCUCCCUUUGCUCACCCAAAGCCUAAACCCCUUCCAAACACUACUCCUCCGCUUCCUCACCCCUUCCCCCCAUCACCGCCCCCUGCCGCUGCCGCCGCUGGUGCCGCUGCUGCUGCUCCACUAACUACUCCUCCCCCAGUACCCUCCGCUCCCCCUGUCCCACAUCUUAUCCCAAACCCCACCGACCCUCCCAAAUCCCCUUCUUCCUCUAACCUAUAUCCUGUGGUUCCUACGGACCCUCCCAAAUCAUCUUCUUUCUCUAGCAGCGACCCCUCUUCCCCGCGGCGCCCAAAACCACAAAAGAUCCUUCCUCCCGAGGACACCCCCUUAAUAGACCUCCUAACUGAAGAACCUCCCCCUUAUAAUCCUCCCCCUCCUGCGCAAGUGCAAAAUUCCGCAGGGGAGCCUGAACACGUGCCUGAAGAACGCCGCUCCUCGCCGUCCCCAAUGAUGGGAAGACUUAGGGGGAACUUCCAAUAUUGGCCCUUCUCCGCCUCCGAUUUAUACAACUGGAAGUCCCAUAACCCUUCUUUUUCACAGGACCCCGUAGCUCUAACCGCCUUAAUUGAAUCUAUUUUAAUCACACAUCAGCCCACCUGGGACGAUUGCCAACAACUCUUGCAGGCUCUUCUCACCAACGAGGAGAGACAAAAGGUUUUCUUGGAAGCCCGAAAGAACAUCUUAGGAGACAACGGAAGGCCCACACAACUCCCUAAUGUGAUAGAUGCUACCUUCCCUUUGACUCACCCCCGCUGGGAUUUCAACACGGCUGAAGGUAGGAUCCACCUAACCCUUUACCGCCAGUUACUCGUAGCAGGUCUCCAUAAUGCGGGGCGUCGCCCCACUAAUUUGGCUCAGGUAAGACAGGUGAUUCAGGGAUUCGAGGAAUCUCCAACUGCUUUCCUAGAAAGGCUUAAGGAGGCUUAUCGCAGGUAUACGCCUUUUGACCCAGAUAGCAAUGAGCAGAGAGGAAACGUUUCAAUGGCAUUUAUUUGGCAGUCAGCACCAGACAUAAGGAAUAAACUCCAGCGUUUAGAGAAUCUACAAGAUUUCUCUUUGCAAGAUUUACUAAAAGAGGCAGAAAAGAUUUUUAAUAAGAGAGAGACUCAGGAAGAAAAGGAGGAACGACUUAGAAAGGAGGCUGAAGAAAGGGAAGAAAAGCCAUAACGUAAGCGAAGUAAGGAACUUAGCAAAAUCUUGGCCGCCGUAGUGCAAGGCAGCCAGGGAUUAGAGGCAAGGAAGUUAGACAGGGAGGGAGACAUAAGGAGGCCCCGGAUAGACCGGGACCAAUGCACCUACUGCAGAGAGAGAGGACAUUGGGCCAAGGAAUGCCCGAAGAAAUUCCGGCACCCUAAGGAGAAUAUUAAGCAGGUCACAAGACUUAUGGCUUUAGACGAAGACUAGGGGCGUCAGGGUCAGGAGCCCCCCGAACCCCGGGUAACCCUAACCGUCGGGGGGCAGCCAGUCACCUUUCUAGUAGAUACAGGGGCUCAACACUCUGUUCUAACCAAAGGCCCUGGACCACUAAGUGACCGGAUGGCAUGGGUUCAAGGAGCAACAGGAGGAAAACAAUAUAGAUGGACUACGGAAAGAAAAGUAAAUCUGGCUUCAGGUAAAGUCUCUCACUCGUUCCUUCAUGUGCCUGACUGCCCUUACCCACUCCUGGGGAGAGAUUUAUUAACCAAGCUCAAGGCUCAAAUUCAUUUUGAGCCACAGGGGGCCACUGUGACCGGCCCCAACGGGACUCCUUUACAUAUCCUUACCCUACAAUUAGAAGAAGAAUAUAGGCUACAUGAGAAGCCCCCUCAACCUCAGAGAGGUGUGGAAUCCUGGCUUACGUCUUACCCGAAUGCCUGGGCAGAAACAGGAGCAAUGGGACUAGCUAUUCAGCAGCCCCCCAUUCACAUACAAUUAAAGGCAACCGCCGUUCCUGUCAAUGUUAAGCAGUAUCCUAUGUCCAACGAGGCCUACCAGGGCAUUAGACCGCACAUACAGCGGUUAUUAGACCAGGGCAUUUUGGCCCCAUGCCGGUCCCCCUGGAACAUUCCUCUGUUACCUGUCAAGAAACCUGGCACCGAUGAUUACCGGCCAGUUCAGGACCUGAGAGAGGUCAAUAAGAGGGUAGAGGAUAUCCACCCUACAGUGCCUAACCCUUACAACUUACUUAGUACCUUGCCUCCAACCCACCUCUGGUAUACGGUCCUAGAUCUCAAAGAUGCUUUCUUCUUUUUGAGACUAAGUCCUCAGAGUCAGCCCCUCUUCACCUUUGAAUGGAAGGAUCCAGACUUGGGAAUAUCAGGUCAGUUAACCUGGACACGACUACCACAAGGGUUUAAGAACAGCCCAACGCUGUUCGACGAAGCUCUUCACCAGGACCUAGCCGACUUCCGGGUAAGACAUCCCUCUCUGAUCCUGCUCCAGUAUGUCGAUGACAUCUUAUUAGCGGCUACCAAUAAAGAGGAUUGUCAAACAGGUACUGGGGAUCUUCUACUGACCCUAGGCCAACUGGGAUACAGGGCAUCCGCAAAGAAAGCCCAGAUUUGCCAGACUAAAGUCACCUACCUGGGUUAUGAGUUAUAUAAUGGCCAACGAUGGCUGACGGCUGCAAGGAAAGAGACCAUCUCUGGCAUUCCUGCACCUCACAAUCAUAGGCAAUUGCGGGAAUUCUUAGGAACAGCGGGCUUUUGUAGACUAUGGAUCCCGGGGUUUGCAGAAAUAGUGGCUCCUCUGUACCCCCUAACCAAACAAGAUACUCCUUUUGUUUGGACUGAGAAACAACAGCAGGCAUUUGACCAUAUCAAACAGGCCCUCCUUCAAUCUCCGGCAUUAGGCCUGCCAGACAUAACAAAACCCUUUGACCUCUUUGUUGAUGAAAAACAAGGAUUUGCGAAAGGAGUCUUAACUCAAAGACUUGGGCCUUGGAGGCACCCCAUUGCCUACCUUUCCAAGAAAUUAGACCCCGUGGUGGCAGGCUGGCCACCAUGUCUAAAAAUGGUAGCAGCAUUCGCGGUCAUCAAGGACGCAGCCAAACUAACUUUAGGACAACCCCUAACCAUCCUGGCUCCACAUACGGUGGAAUCUUUAAUCCGCCAACCACCGGACCGCUGGCUGUCUAAUGCCCGCCUGACUCAUUAUCAGUCCCUCCUCCUGGACACAGACAGGAUCCAGUUCGGACCUGUAGUGACUCUUAACCCCGCAACCUUAUUGCCUACUCCUGGAGAGGCACCAUUACAUGACUGUCACCAGAUCCUUGCGGAAACGCAUGGGACGCGACCCGACCUGACCGACCAGCCCAUGAAGGAUGCGGACCUGACCUGGUACACAGAUGGCAGUAGCUAUCUGCAGGAUGGAAAACGGCGAGCAGGAGCGGCCAUCACGACUGACUCUCAAAUUGUAUGGGCAAGCGCGCUGCCAGAAGGCACCUCGGCGCAGCGGGCAGAAUUGAUCGCCUUGACCCAGACCCUCCAAUUGGCAGAAGGUAAGAGUCUCAAUGUCUAUACAGACAGCAGAUAUGCUUUUGCUACUGCCCAUGUUCAUGGAGAAAUUUAUCGGCGAAGGGGAUUAUUAACCUCGGACGGCAAAGAGAUUAAAAAUAAGACUGAAAUUUUGGCCCUAUUAAAGGCCUUAUUUCUCCCCAAGAAGCUGAGUAUAAUACACUGCCCUGGCCACCAAAAAGGGGAUACCCCUGAGGCGAGAGGAAACCGCCUGGCUGAUGCGACGGCCAAACAGGCGGCUUUGGGGCCCCAGCUAUUAACUGUCACCAUACUCACUGAGACAGGAGAGACAGAUGGGACCCCCAUUUGGAAUUAUGAGGAGAUCGACUUGGACAUUAUACAGAAAUUGGGGGCCGAUUAUAACUCAGCUCUGAACCGAUGGGAAUACCAAGGGAAAGCUAUAAUGCCUAUAAAAAUGGCAAAGGAAUUAAUAAAUCACCUUCACCAGCUGACCCAUUUGAGUGCUAAUAAAAUGAGGACCCUAAUAAACAAGGCAGAUUUAAAAGACUUCAUCCCCAGGAGAAACUUCCUCCUUCAUCAAGCGGCCGCUAACUGCAAAGCCUGUGCUCAAGUCAAUCCUGGAAAAACUUUCAUCAGGUCAGGUGUCUGAGUACAUGGUCAUCGACCUGGCACACAUUGGGAAGUCGACUUUACCGAGAUUAAACCUGGCAUGUAUGGAUAUAAAUAUCUCUUAAUUUUUUUAGAUACCUUUUCAGGAUGGGCAGAAGCCUUCCCUACCAAGAAGGAGACUGCCAACAUAGUUGCCAAGAAGCUGCUGGAAGAAAUUUUCCCAAGGUAUGGAGUGCCAGAGGUACUGGGGUCUGACAACGGGCCUGCCUUUGUCUCCCAGGUAAGUCAGUCGGUGGCCAAGCUUCUGGGGAUUAAUUGGAGACUACAUUGUGCUUAUAGACCUCAGAGUUCAGGACAGGUAGAAAGAAUGAAUAGAACUAUAAAGGAGACUUUGACUAAAUUACUGCUUGAAACUGGCUCUAAAGAUUGGGUAUUGCUCCUACCUUUAGCACUCUAUCAAGCCCGAAAUACCCCAGGCCAGUAUGGCCUGACCCCCUUUGAAAUUCUCUAUGGCGCUCCGCCCCCUGCUGUCACAUUCUUCGCGCCAGAUAUCUCUGCUCACUCCCCUUCCCCCUCCAUACAGGCCCAUCUGCAAGCCUUGCAGCUGGUGCAACAAGAGAUCUGGAAACCCUUGGCAGCUGCCUACAAGGAUAAACUUAGCACCUCCCUACAGCCUCAUCCCUAUAAAAUCGGGGACACCGUCUGGGUCCGUAGACAUCGAGCCUCAAACCUUGAACCUCGUUGGAAAGGGCCCCACACGGUACUCUUGACAACACCCACGGCGCUGAAGGUCGACGGAAUCGCAGCCUGGAUCCACGCCUCCCACGUAAAGGCAGCACACCCGGAAGAACAAACCGGACAUCCUCAAAACUCAGGAUGGACCGUCCAACGUUCCCCAAAUCCGCUAAAGAUAAGACUCAUUCGUGCUAGCCCACAUCUCCCCAAGCAAUUAACCUGGCAGGUCAUCUCUCAGACGGGGGAAGUUGUCUGGUCCACUACGGGCUUACAUGCCCCAGGCACUUGGUGGCCUACCCUCACCCCUGACUUCUGCCAACUAGCCGCAGGCCUAAAUGAGUGGGACAUCCCCACCGCGGAUCCCUCUAAUUUAAAACCCAUAAUGACAGGAGCACAGUCAGAAUGGACAAGCAGCACUGAAGGCUGCCGGAAACCUGUUAGCCGAUGCCAUCUAGCAGAUAGGGAUUUCUAUGUGUGCCCCAAGGAUGGUCGAGACCGCGCCAUGGCUCACAGAUGUGGAGGCCACCAGGAGUAUUUUUGUGCCCAAUGGGGAUGUGAGACUACAGGGGAUGCUUAUUGGAAACCCACUUCCUCUUGGGAUUCUAUUACCGUCCGCUGUAACUUCACUAAACCAAUCCCAACGUACGGCUAUGAGGAUGAGGAUCCAGUUUGUUUAGGGGGAAAACUAGGCCCCAACUGUGCCUCAGGCUACUGCCUCCCCCUAAACAUUACUUUCUCUCGCCCCCGAUUUACCGAUAUUCCCCAAUGGAUAGCGGGAAAAACAUGGGGCCUCAGGUGGCGCCUCUCAGGGAAGGAUAAAGGUGUCAUUUUUAAGAUCAAACUUAAGGUUGAAAACCCCCAGACCUAUCCGAUAGGGCCCAACACAGUCUUAUCAGAUCAAAUAGCCCCCCACCCCCGUCAGUCACCCGCUAUCACUAAUGCUCCAGUGGGAAAUAACCCCCCUCACCCUAAGGGCUCCUCUAAUUCCUCCUCCUCUGUAUCCUCGAUUCUAGGCACACCCUCUCUUGGGACUGGAGACCGACUCAUUAACCUAGUAAUAGGGGCACACAAAGCCCUUAAUUAUUCCGAUCCUAUUCGUGCUAAGGAUUGUUGGCUCUGUCUCGUCCGCAGCCCCCCUUAUUAUGAAGGUAUAGCCACUGUCGCUAACUUCACCAACCACACCAACCCCCCGACUACGUGCACUUCUUCCCCUGGGCACAGAAUAACCCUCACUGAAGUAUCCGGCCAAGGACUAUGUUUAGGCACAGUGCUCACCUCUCAUCGAGCACUAUGUAACACGACUGUUGCCAUUACUUCCAGUAAUUAUUAUUUGGAAGCACUCAAUGGGACAUAUUGGGCUUGUAACACCGGUUUAACUCCUUGUAUUGCUGCCCGGCUUUUCAAUGCCACUGCAGAUUACUGCAUUUUAGUCCAACUUUGGCCCAGAAUAACUUACCAUAGUUCGGAAACCAUCCUCGACUUCUAUGAAGGGAGAGAGAGAUUUCGAUAUCGGAGGGAACCCAUAACUCUAACGAUAGCCUUAUUAUUAGGAAUGGGGGGGGUAGCGGCAGGGAUUGGAACAGGAACUUCCGCCUUACUUCAAAGCAACCAACUUAUGCAUUUACAAGUUGCCAUGACCACUGAUCUGGAAGCUAUAGAAGAAUCAAUUACGGCCUUAGAAAAAUCUUUGACCUCCCUCUCUGAGGUCGUUUUACAAAAGAGAAGGGGGUUAGAUUUGUUGUUCCUAAAGGAAGGGGGACUGUGUGCAGCCCUCAGGGAGGAAUGCUGUUUUUAUGCUGAUCAGACGGGGGUGGUUAGGGAGACAAUGGAUAAACUCCGAGAGAGAUUGGCCCAGAGGAGAAGGGAUUUUGAAUCCCAGCAAGGCUGGUUUGAAGGUUGGUUCAAUCGAUCACCUUGGUUCACCACUUUAUUAUCCACCCUUUUGGGACCCCUUAUUAUUCUGUUACUGAUUUUAUCAUUCGGCCCUUGCGUCAUAAGUAAGCUUGUUCAAUUCACAAAAGACCGCUUGUCAGUAAUCCAGACCAUGGUACUGACACAGCAAUAUCAACUCCUUAAGCAAACCGAGCCCCAGACUGACUUAGUGCAAGAACAGGACAAAUGGAUAUAA